CGCAUGCGUGUAGUUCAGCGGGAAAGCCGUGUAAGCCGUUGUACCUUGUUGCUAUCCGUUUGUAUCGUCUCAAUCCUCCAUGCUAUGGCAGAAGAACAGAGUCGCGAAGAGGUCACUCCUUCGAACGAUCCACACUUCGAACCAAUCAUUCAUCUACCGGAAGUAGAAACGAAGACUCUAGAAGAAGAUGAGGAAGUAGUUUUCAAAAUGAGAGCGAAGUUGUUCCGCUACGCGUCUGAUGCGGAUCCUCCUGAAUGGAAAGAGCGUGGAGUUGGCGAUGUAAAGAUUUUGAAACAUAAAGUAACUGGUCUCUAUCGUUUGCUUAUGCGGAGAGAGAAAACUCUGAAAAUAUGUGCUAAUCAUUACCUGACGAAGCAGAUGCAGUUGAAGCCGAAUAUUGGAAGUGAUAGGGCGUGGGUGUGGCACGUGUUGGCAGACUUUGCAGAUGAGGUGCCCAAACAAGAGCUACUUGCCAUAAGAUUUAAGGAUUCAGAAAAUGCACAGAAAUUCAAGGCUAAGUUUGAGGAGUGUCAAACACAAGUAAUUGACAAAAGUACAGAAAAUGUGACAGAAAAGCUCAGUCAGUUGACUGUUAACAAAGAGAAAGAUGAGUCUAAGAAAGUUGAGCUGACAGCAGAUGACAAUGAGACAGACAGUGCUCCAACUGACGAAACAAAAGAUGAAACGAAGCAGGAUUCUCAAUCACAGUCAAAGGAAGAGACACAUGGAAAAAGUAGAUCAGACAAUGAUGUGAAGACUGAAACUGAAGCAAACCAACCUUCAGAUCAGUCGUAAAUUUUUCAUGUGUGUAGAUGCACGCAGUUUGUAAUAGGAACCAUAGUAUUGUUUAGUGAGCUGUAACUUGAAUACGUAAGACCAAUACAUUCUGGAAAUAGACUGCUGGGAGGCUGGUCAAACUUGAAUUAUGAACCAUCUGUUUAGAAAUAUGCUGUGAACCAAAGGCUGUCUGGUUAGAAGGCAUAGAAAUACUUUGACAGUCUUAUGAUUAGAUUAAUGUGUUUGUGUAUGCCUAGAGCUCCCAAGCUUACUGAAAUAUUUGCUAGACAGCUAUAAAGUGGUGACACAAAACUAA